UCACCGCUCGGAGGAGAAGAGGCGCCUCAGGAUGUUCACACACACGACACGCCGUUAGACAGGCGGUAAAGUUAGACAUGGGGGUCGUGAGCGUCGUCGACUCAGACUAUUUUUGUUCAAGCAGUCCUGAGGUGUGUUUAUUUUGAGCCAUGUUCGAGUUUGGGACUCGUAUUCGCCUCACUUGCUGAAGCGUAUUUGGCGACUCGUUGAAUUUACUCGAGGUAAAGUGGGACUCACAAGUAGCUACACGGACUUUCUCAGCCUUAUGAAGACAAUUGAGGUUCCGGGCUUAGGGCCGAGGUCUGCAGGCCAUGCUGUGGCAAGACUGUAAAGGUGUGGAUUCCACCUGUGGGGGCAGAAGGCGUGUGCGCUCAGCCAUCAUCGCCAUGAGGCUGCCCUGCUCCUUCUGGUUCCUGCUGCUAUUCAGCACGGGAGGCCUCCUGCUCCUGCUACAUCUACAGGAUCUCACAGAGACCAUUCAGCAAAGUCCAGAUGCAAAGCUCAUAUUCCCUCAUGGGCAGUCGAUGAAUAAGGAGCUGUGUCCUCACUGUCCAGAUAUAGACAUACAGGGUUCUGUCCUCCCAGCGAAACUCCAACAGAUCACCAAGAACCACCGCAAACUCCUUCUGAAGAGCUCUUCUUCAUCAAAUCAGCAGCUCAUCAUCACCCCUGUUGGCAAAGCCGAGAAUAGCAUCAAAAGGCUGACCAAGGUCCAGCGGUCCCGUCGGAGGCUGAUGAGAGACGUAUGUGCCAAAUACAGAAGCAGCAGCAGUGCCAAGGCCGUGACCCGCCAACACGUGUCCCGCAUCUAUGUGGAGGACACGCACAAGCUCCUGUACUGUGAGGUUCCUAAGGCAGGCUGCUCCAACUGGAAGCGUGUGCUGAUGGUCCUGCAGGGCCAGGCGGUCUCCACAGGGGACAUUCAACACGAGCAGGUUCACUAUGGGAAUCACCUGAAGCGACUGGACUCCUUUGACCGCCAAGGCAUUGCCCAUCGCCUAAAGGCCUACACCAAAGUGCUCUUCUUGAGGGAACCCUUCGAGAGGCUUGUGUCAGCUUUUCGGGACAAGUUUGAGAGCCCAAACUCGUACUACCACCCGGUCUUUGGGAAGCCCAUCAUCUCGAAGUAUCGCAGUAACGCGUCACAGUUGGCCUUACGCACAGGAGAGGGAGUGACCUUCAAGGAGUUCGUCCAGUACUUGCUGGACGUUCACCGCCCAGUGGGCAUGGACAUCCACUGGGAGCCAGUGGUGCAGCUGUGCAGUCCUUGCCUGAUAGACUACGACUUCAUAGGCAAGUUCGAGACAAUAGAAGAAGAGGCCAAUUUGCUCCUGAGGCGUAUAGGAGCCCCCGCUAACCUAACCUUCCCCAGUUUUAAAGACAGGAACCCAAACGCAGCGAGGACUUCUGCACGAAUCACACAGGAAUAUUUUUCUCAGCUGAACUUAACAGAGAGGCAGAGAACCUAUGACUUUUACUUCAUGGAUUAUCUAAUGUUCAACUAUUCCAAGCCAUUUGCAGAUUUGUACUGAGGAGUUUGUGAAUGUAAAUACUGUUGGCGUCUUGUUUCAGUCGAGGUUCUCAUUACUCCUAUGAAACGGUAUAUAAAUAAUUAUUUUUUUAGAUUUUGUUCAAAAUUCUGUAAAUUCUGAUAUACAAUGGCUGUUUUUGCACACUCAUUACAAUAUUGCCAUAAAAGUAUAUUCUUCAAAGACUAGUCUUUACCAAUUUUGGGUCAGUAACAAAUCGAUUACUUAACAAACAUGUUAUGCAGUACUGUGCAUCAGGUCAGACACCCCACAUCAUUUAUUUCAUUUCCAGUCAAACAGCCAUUAAAUGGAAGUUAUUCAUUGUUCCAGUGUGAAGAAAGAAACUACUGGAAAUUACACAAAGCCCUAAAAACCAAACACAAUUUUUUUUUCACAUUUUUCAGUAUUAAGUGUGUCCGCUUACCUUUAUUACAGCUUUCAUUCUUUUUAGUAGACUUUCUUGCAGUUUUUCAGAGAAAUCUGCAGGGAUAUUGUUUAACUCCUCCAGAGUUUAGUCCUAGAAGUUUGUUGCAUUUUCUGCUUCUAACCAUCCAAAUAAUCCCAAACACAUUCAGUGAUGCUGAGCUCUGCCAGCAGCUUCUUUUAUGACUG